GAUUUGGAACGAAAGCAAAAUGGCUCGAGGACGCAAGAGCAAUAGCAUCAAACAGAGCGACUUCACUAACAGCACCAAUCCUCAGGAUUUAGAGAGAAGACUUUUUGUCGGCAAUUUGCCCACAGACCACAUGACUCGUGAAGAAAUGGAAGAGAUAUUUUCAAAAUAUGGCAAAAUCAGGGCCCUCAGCAUGUACCAUGGCUAUGGGUUCGUGCAGUAUGACCGUCUAGAAGAUGUCCAGGCCGCUCUGGACGGUGAGAAGGGUCGCCUUUAUAAAGGGUAUAGAUUAGAUAUUAAUAAAGCAGUGGAAAGAAGAAAUAUGAAUAAGGCUUCAUCAAGGUCCAGUCCCACACGAAGAGACCAAUAUGCCUACGGGGAUGGCCGAGAUACCAGGCGUGACCGCUCCCCUCUUCGGGGGAGCCCACGGAGAGACCCCAGGGAUGGCAGGGAUGGCAGGAACGGGCGAGAUGCUAGAGACGCUCGAGACAUUCGAGGCAGAGACAUGCGUGAUGCCAGAGACCACAGGGACCCACGGGACUUGAGGGAUCCAAGGGACUUGAGGGAUCCAAGGGACUUGAGGGAUCCACGUGAUGUUAGAGAUCUUCGUGACCCACGGGAGCCGCUGUAUGAUCGAUACAGGGAUCCACGGGAUAUGAGAAAUGCACGAGAUAUGAGGGAUCCACGGGAUAUGAGAGACCCUCGGGACCCUUUGUACAGACGAGACGAGUCUUACGACCGUUACCUGCGCCUUGACGACUACUACCGGCGCAAGGACGACUCCUACUACGACCGCUACAAGGAGCCAGAGGACCGGCUGAAGCGCGAGGAGCGGCGCCGGGAGGAGCUGUACCGUCAGUACUAUGAGGAAAUCAAGAGGCGGUUUGAUGCAGAGAGACCCGUGGAUUGUUCUGUGAUAGUGGUGAAUAAACAGACAAAGGAGUACGCAGAGUCCGUGGGGCGGAAGGUGCGGGACCUGGGCAUGGUAGUGGACCUGAUCUUCCUGAACACAGAGAUGUCACUGACACAAGCCCUGGAUGAUGUGAGCAGGGGAGGGUCUCCUUUCGCCAUUGUCAUCACCCAGCAGCAUCAAGUUCACCGUUCUUGCACUGUUAACAUCAUGUUUGGCACCCCACAAGAGCACCGCAACAUGCCCCAGGCUGAUGCCAUGGUGCUGGUGGCAAGGAAUUACGAGCGCUACAAGACGGAGUCCCGGGAGAAGGAGCGGGAGGAGAUCGCCCGGCAGGCUGCCAAGAUGGCAGAUGAAGCCAUUCUGCAGGAGAGGGAGCGCCCACCCCCCAUGGAGGAGGGUGUCAGAGGAAGUCACUCUCCCAGGAUCCAAACUCUCCUGAACCUGCUGGCAGACAAUCGCUAUGUGACUCCUGAGGAGAUAGAUAAAGUCAUUGAUUACCUGAGAGACCGGAAGGAACGCUUGCUGCGGGGCAGCACUGAAUCUCUGCAGGCACCCAUGUCAAGACAACCUUUGGGGCCACCUUCAGGAUCAUCACUGGGUAGUCAGUCCAACCUUCCAAGUUCUCAGGCUCAUCAGAGUUCACAGCCUCUAGUAUCUACUCCUUCUGUUCCAGCGUCCUCUUCUACUCCUCAGCAGGAGCUUCAAGCAAAAAUCCUCAGCCUCUUCAACAGCGGGGCGGCGGCGGCGGCAGCUGCUGUGGCAAACAGUGGUCCUGCGGCCUCCACGGGCUCUUCAGCCAGCACUCCCAACCAGAACUUUGCUAACCUGGCCGGCGGGCAGCCCCGACCAGCACAGAUGAAUGCUGGAAAUUUAAACCAGGCUCAGCAGAGAUUGCAGACUCCAAACACGCAGAUUCCUGCUCUCCCGGGCCCUUCGAGAAACGCAGGUCCGAGACCCGGCGCUCCUCCACAGCCUCAGCCGCUCUAUGGUCAGCACCAAACCCGCCUCCCUGCGCCUGGCAGUGUGCCCGCCCAAAGGCCGGUGUCUUCUGGUAUCAACUUUGACAACCCCAGUGUACAGAAGGCCUUGGACACCCUCAUCCAGAGUGGUCCUGCACUCUCCCACCUUGUGAGCCAAACCGUGGCCCAGGGGCGAGCGGGGUCCUCAGCCCAGCAACCGAUGGGUGCCUACCAGCGACACUAUUAG